CACACAAUCAAUAUGUCAAAUCAUUCAAUAUUUUUCAAAAAAAUACUUGGCCCUUUGAAUUUUCUAAAAGAAGAAUUAUGAGACAAGACUUUUUUCUUUCUUUUCAAAUCCAAGGAAAUAAUAAAGAGACUUGAUAACUCGAACCAGUAUCAGUAAAAAUUAUCGCGUGGAAAAUCGAUACAGAAAAAAUAUUGCACUGCAAAUAAUUUUUGUAAUGUAAAAUUUUUUGUUUUUCAAUUCGCAUUCUGAAAAUCCAAAAAAUGGCUAAAAAAUGGAAGAAAAAAAAUUCGAUUCAAUCAGUCGCUCCAAAUAUAUCGACCCCAACAACUAUCGAUAUAUGGAAUAAUCGAGAUCUCAUCGCGCACCCGUCACUGGAACUAGCCUUCACUCUAUCUCUCCUAGCCUUUAUUCAGCGGAACAGUACUUCCCAUUGUUGAAUGGAUAAAGAUAAAAUGGAGAAGCAGCUACUCUCAGAGGAGCAGCAGAGCUUCCUCGCGAGCUGCGAAGAAGAGUUCAAAUAUCGUUACACUGAUGAUGACACUGAAUUUAUGAAAUACAUGAAUGCAGAGAGCCAGAAACCACCCAUUGUUGAUCCUUGGUACAAUAAACCCAGGAGACCGCAGUUCGACUGGCGUCAAGGAAAACGUAAGGACUGGGAUAACAGGGACAGGGUGAACAACAUGUAUCAGAGGAGUGAAAGAAAUUACAGAGGUAAGAGGCACGCUGGACGGCAUAUGCAACAUGGAGCAUCUUCGAGACCUUAUUGAGAUGGGAAAAGGUGACUGGACAAUUUUCAUGAUUUUUACAAGUGAGAUUUAUUAUAAUUCACAAAAUUUUAUCCCCCAGCCGAAAGUAAUGUAAAAUUAAUUGAUGAAAUGAAAAUAUUGUAUUGGCUUUAAGAGGAUACUGCUAAAUAUUUAGAAAGUCUCAUCAUAGAAUGACUGUCAAGAAAAUAUGUUCAACUAAAAGGGACUCUCUUUCGUCAGGCAACUAAACAUUAGGGGGAAAAGGGUCGAGGGGGUAAAAUGGACACUCCAGGUGGUUUUUUAAAUGUUGAAACAUCUUUCAAUUGUUCAUAUCCGAAAUAAAGUGCGGAGUAAAAUCAUUCCCCAGCCAUAAAUAAUGAAAGAUACAUCUGCAGUCUCCAUUUUGUGCCUCCUCUCCCUGUGGGUUAUAUUACAAUAAUAAAAAAUGUAAAAACUGAUUGAAAAAUAAUUAUCAAUGUAUUUCAUCAAUCAAGCAUUGUCGUCUACCAACAACAUAAUGUCCAUACGUUAAUUACGAUAAUAUCAGCAUAACGCCUGCUGUUUUAUAAUAAAUUUACCUAUAUAAGAUUUACCACAAACUAUACAGACAUAAGCUACAAAUCACUAUAUUAAUAAAUCCAUGUUUCAGCAUAAUAAGAAUAAAUUAUUCAUUGAUAUUACAA